GGAAGUAUAUCCGGGUCAAGGAGGAAGUAUAUCCGGGUCAAGGAGGAUUUCCUGUUCCGCCUAGCAACCGGUCGUUGCUGAGCUGUGGUCGUCGGUAGCUGUGGCCUUCAGGAGGAGACGAUGAGUGAGGUAGAGGAAACUCUGAAAAGGAUUCAAUCUCACAAAGGUGUGAUUGGAACUAUAGUUGUGAACUCAGAAGGAAUUCCAAUAAGGACAACCCUGGAUAACUCCACCACAGUUCAAUAUGCAGGCCUGUUCCAUCAACUUGCCAUGAAGGCCAGAAGCACUGUUCGAGACAUUGAUCCGCAGAAUGAUUUGACUUUCUUACGGGUCCGAUCAAAAAAACAUGAGAUAAUGGUUGCUCCAGAUAAAGAGUACCUUCUGAUUGUCAUUCAGAAUCCAAGUGAAUGAAUUCAGUGCACAUAUCAGAAAGACAUCAAGAGAAAUAUUCAGCUAAAAACUACCAGAAAAAGUUAAAUAAAUUAAUCUGUAACAGUA